AGGUGCAGCUUCCUCCUGGUCUCCAGGUUCCCUACAGGGGGUUGAUUUGUUUGUUUGUUUGUGAGAAGGGGAGCACUCAAAAUGUUUGGCUUCCAAGCAAGCCCCCUCUUUCUGGACCCCUCCGGGGCCUGGUGGCAGGACCCACCACCGUCCCUGGCCAGGGUGGAUUCCUCCUGGGACAUGGCUGAGAUGGCAGCUCGGCAGAAGGCCGCGGACGAAGACUCAGACCUGAGCCCACUGGAGGGGGACAGCGCAGAGGAGCUGGGUGUGCUGGACCCGGAACUGGAAGCCAUCAAGGCCAAAGUCCGUGAGAUGGAGGAGGAGGAUGAGCGGCUCAAGGAGCUGCAGGCUGAAGCCAAGAACCACCUCAUCCUGAGAUCGCAGGCAGGUAUUCCCGUUCCUAGGACCACAGAGGAGAAAAUUGAGGCUGAUCAGAGAUCCAUCUAUGUGGGCAAUGUGGACUAUGGUGGAACAGCAGAAGAGCUGGAGUCCCAUUUCAAUAGCUGUGGGCAGAUCAACCGAGUGACCAUCCUCUGUGAUAAAUUCUCCGGACAUCCCAAAGGGUAUGCAUACAUUGAGUUUGAAGACAAGAGCUCUGUGAAGGCAGCGGUGGAGCUGGACGAGAGCAUGUUCAGAGGCCGGGUCAUCAAGGUCCUGCCCAAGAGGACCAACAUGCCGGGUAUCAGCACAACUGACCGUGGGGGCUCCAGGGGCCGUUUUCCAAGCAGGGGGGGCCUGUCUCAAAGGGCAAACGUCUAUGGAGUGCUGAGAUCAAGACCCCGAGGGAGAGUGUACAGCAUCCUUCCAGCCCAGCCCAGGAGUGCACGGGGGCUCCCUUCAGAGCCACUCGCCGCUGCCUCGAAAAUGGAUGGUGAGCCUAUCAAGGCCCAUGUGCCCCGCUGAUGAGAAACCAGCAAUCGACCGAGCCAGUCUCAUGUGGUGCCAUCACCGGGCGGACUGUGAGUUGACGCAGCUUGGGAGCAAGGAGACGAGCUCUCUCUGGGCUAUAUUGAGGACCAGGACUGCUGCUCGUUCGUCUGUGUGAGGCCUAGGGCAGCCGGGCCAUCUCGAACGGCAGGUCUUUCCCACGCUGAAGAGCAGACACAGUUUUGAUUCGGUAACUGACUAAAUCGCUGACCUAAGACCGUUGCCUGAGCCGGCCUGUGCUUUCUGAUACUGCUUUUGUUCUUGUCUAGGGGUCGUGGCAGGUUAUCGCCGUGGUACUCUCCCUACUAGGCCGAAGGAUGGGAUGACGCUGGAGACUCCAACAGGGCUGGAUUUAAAAGUGGGGGAUGGGAGAGGGGUUUAAAGAGAACCUACCCGAGCACAGAGAAGUGUGGACGAUUUUAAUAUUUUUGCCUGGAUGGAACGGCGCACUUGCAUGUUGCGCAGUUAACGGGGUGAGUUGUUAUGAGGGAGAAUGGAGCCAGGCUACCCCUAGCACAGCGGGGUGUCCACCCCAAUGCCAGAGCCAUGCUGGUACUUUCCAGGAGCCAGAGGCUUGCCCCGAGUUUGGUUACAAUGUCAAAUCCUUCUUGUUGAACCCAAUAUUCUCCAAGCUAGAAAGAACUGAUCUCCGGGCAUAUAUCGAUAGCUCUUCACAGUGAAUAGGAACAGAGUUCACCAGAUCAGCUUUGUCCUCAUCCUAUAGAAACUGGAGGACAGGGCUGCAUUUUAGGACUCCAUAUAAGUCAGAUUUGGCGCUCUGGCACUUUUGCUAUAGACACUGCUCUAGCAGGGAUGUGGGUGGGAGCUUCUGGAGGACUGUGCAGAGCAUUCAGACAGGGCUAUGUUGGAGCGAUGGGGAUAGAGGGGAGCAUGGGAAAACAAUCCCUCUAGGAGAAGUGAGCUGCAGGAUGUUCUGUUUCCAAAACAGUCAGCUGUGGACCAGCUUGAAGUACAGCUGUCAGGAGCAUGUCUCUGCUCCACCCGCUGCUGCCACCGUGUGAGAAAGUCUAAACCCCUCCUGCUGCCAGACUAGAGAAACAGAUGCCUCCACUUUGUUCUCUGUGACUCGCUUCUUCAGCCUGUCCUAUGGAUCAUGGAUGCUGACAUCUCUUUAGUACAGGCAGGUCCUCAAGACCCUCCAAGGAAAGUGGGAUCUCUUCUACCCUCUAGAAGAGCGGGGGUAAGAUUCUGGGACACCACUUAGAUUCAGAUCCGGCCUUAUUUUUUUUAACUUAACUGUAAAAACCUCAUUAGGGUCUUAAAUAAAUUUUGCAGGGGAAAUACAAACCUUUUCCGUUGAAUUAAAAUAACUCAUUAGGACUUUGUCCCCCUAAGUGUGUGGUCCUGAUUCUGCUCCUGGGUAGAGGAGUGAGCAUAACUCUGUGUUUUGGCUCUCUCAAUGUGCUCCUACCCUUCUGUACCUAAGAGCAGGAUUCAGCCCUGUAAAUCUCCUGGAAGAAAACAUCCCUAACCUGGGUUCUCUUUAAACAUUAGUGUGUUUUCUUUAAUGUCUGGGGUUACACAAGACCUGAUUACCUGCAAACUCUUUCUCUCCCCCGAUCUUGUUCUGUAGCUGUGAUGCAAGUCCAAGCACUCACUGUUUCACUUCUGAUGGGCAGAGUUUGAAUCCAGUCUCUAGUGACAAGUGUGAGUUUUGUGGGUCUAAGCUUAGGCUCUAUUUCUUCCUCUCCCAGUGACCACAGUUUGGAGGUCAGUGCUUGAAGGCCUAGGCUGAAAUAGCAGGGGUUGUUGCCAGUCAGGGUGGAAGUGCAUGGAGGGGGUUUUGUGUGGGAAUUCCUACACAGCACCUGUCUGCAUUGUACGGUCCAAGCUACUGCAAUUCGUCUCACUUUCAUGAGCGCUAAACUUGCUCCUAUUUUUAAAGGAAAAUGUUUUUGGUUAAAAAAGAAAGCAUGGUUAAAAAACCCCAUAAACAAUGUUACUGUAUAAAGUUAUACAUUUAAAUACAUUUUAUUAGAAUUCCAGCAGUAACCGGUCAGGACCUUUAGUCAGGAUCCCCUUUUCUCCAGCUACAACUGAUGCAAUUACUAACCCUUAAAGCAGCUUUCUGGACAGUUGAAGGGACGCUGUCAGGAUAAGAAACCUAUUUUAGAAACAGAUUUUCCUCCCUGUUAACACCUUGGAUCAUUGAAUUUCAAAAAUCUAACUCCUCUCACGUGUUUACUAUUUGCACUUUAUCUAGAAUGGAGCAUAGAGAGACCGGGCUGGUUCAGGAGAACCAGAAAGUGAAGCAACAAAGUUUGGGUCGCAAAUUUUAAAGGGGCAAUCCAAACCUUUCCAAUUGGGUUAAAAAAAAGUCAUUUCUGUUGGUAGAUCUUGUAAACCCUAAACUCUUUUUUACAAAACCUAUUUUUUGGGUCUAAAAUACCUGGCAGUGACCUUUUAAUGACCGUUGUUGAAAAGGAAACAGAGUGCUGGUCUUGGCAAGUGGAAAGAUUGAACUCACCUUUUUAUGUGUAAAAGUUUAUCAAAAUAGUCACGUACAGGUGUGACUUGUUUGGGUGGGAGGGGAGCUGGAGAAUGGGAGAGUGAAGUGUUUGACACUUAAGUUAUUACUGAUGAAAUGCAUUGAUUGAGCUGAGCAGAUUUCUCUGAUCAAGUUCUGUUUGUGAGAAGGUACUCUUUAAUUGUCAUAUCUUUUUUUAAAAAAUAAAUGAUCCUGCUGUCUAAAAAA